ACAGCAGGUUCCAUCCUAUUACCCAGUCUCUGGACCAAGGGACUGUCCAGGGCCUUAGGGUGCAGAGGCCUCCGCUCCAGGGUCCUCCCUUCCUUCCCCCAGGACAGCUGGGAAAGAAUGUACAUGGCUUCUAGAGGUCACCUGGGGCCGCGGACCUGGCCCAGGUGGCACUGCUGGGCUGCGGACCCCCUGUCUGGCUGGCAUUGUCCCCAGGGCCCAGGCACAAGCACACCGAUGUGCACUUGGGCUGGAUUGCAGCGGUGGGGCUGUGAGAGCGGCUGGCAGGCAGAUGUGCGCACAUCUGGACAGCAAAGCCAGCACUGGCCCCCGAGGACUCCUGCCGAGGUGGCUGCUGGGCAUGCUGGGCACCAGGGCGGCAGAAUGUCUGCAUUGCCUUUGCCCCCUCACCUGGCAGGGCUGGAGGGAAGAUGCCCUGCGCUGUAACCCGACUCCGCCUGGGCUGGUGGGGGGCGGGAGCCCGCGGCCGACGGCCGCCCGAGUGCCACAUCACUGCGCCGCCCGCCGGCCUGCCCGCGGCCCACCAUGCCGUCCUCGCUGCCGCUGCCGCUCCUCGCCCUGCUGGCCGCCGUCACCGCCCGGCCCGGGUGCGAGCCCGCCCGGGACCCCUCCGCCACAUGCGUGGACCUGCGGCUCAGGACGUGCGGUGACACCUCCUACAACCAGAUGGCCUUCCCCACCCUGCUGGAACACCGGUCUCUGGAAGCAGUGGAGUCCAGCUCCGAGUACAUCCUGCUGAGCGUCCUGCACCACCUCCUGGAGGGCCAGUGCAACCCCGACCUGCGGCUGCUGGGCUGCGCCGUGCUGGCCCCCCGGUGCGAGUGUGGCCGUGUGCGCAGGCCUUGCCGGCACGUCUGCGAGAGCCUGCGGGAGGCCUGCCAGCCCGCCUUCGAUGCCAUCGACAUGGCCUGGCCCUACUUCCUUGACUGCAGCCUCUACUUUGCACGCGAGGAGGAAGGAUGCUAUGACCCCCUGGAGGUGCUGCGGGUGGAACCCGAGGUGAAGCUCAUCGGCAACAUCCAUGGCAAUGAAGUGGCGGGGCGGGAGGUGCUUAUCUACCUGGCCCAGUACCUGUGCUCCGAGUACCUGCUGGGCAGCCCCCGCAUCCAGCGUCUGCUCAACACCACCCGCAUCCACCUGCUGCCCUCCAUGAACCCCGAUGGCUACGAGGUGGCAGCUGCAGAGGGUGCUGGCUACAAUGGGUGGACCAGUGGGAGGCAGAAUGCGCAGAACCUGGACCUGAACCGCAACUUCCCCGACCUGACAUCUGAAUACUACCGUGUGGCCGCAUCACGUGGCGUGCGCAGUGACCACAUGGCCAUCCCACAGCACUACUGGUGGGGUAAGGUGGCCCCUGAGACGAAGGCGAUGAUGAAGUGGAUGCGGACGACCCCCUUCGUGCUCUCAGCCAGCCUCCAUGGCGGUGACCUCGUGGUGUCCUACCCCUUUGACUUCUCCAAGCACCCGCAGGAGGAGAAGAUGUUCUCGCCCACGCCUGACGAGAAGAUGUUCAAGCUUCUGGCCAGAGCCUAUGCCGACGUCCACCCCAUGAUGAUGGACAGGUCGGAGAACAGGUGUGGGGGCAACUUCCUGAAGCAGGGCAGCAUCAUCAAUGGGGCAGACUGGUACAGCUUCACAGGAGGCAUGUCCGACUUCAACUACCUGCACAGCAACUGCUUUGAGAUCACGGUGGAGCUGGGCUGCGUCAAGUUCCCCCCCGAGGAGGCCCUCUACACCAUCUGGCAGCACAACAAGGAGCCGCUUCUCAGCUUUGUGGAGAUGGUGCACCGGGGCAUCAAAGGCGUGGUGAUGGACAAAUUUGGCAAGCCGGUCAAAAACGCCCGGAUUGUGGUCAAGGGCAUCCGCCACGAUGUCACCACGGCCCCAGAUGGUGACUACUGGAGGCUGCUGCCCUCGGGGUCCCACAUUGUGAUUGCUCAGGCCCCUGGCUACUCUAAGGUCAUCAAGAAGGUCACUAUCCCUGACCGGAUGAGGAGGGCUGGUCGAGUGGACUUCAUCCUGCAACCUCUGGGCACCGGACCCAAGCAGGUCCUUCCUGGGUCACGGAGAAGCGGGCCUGGACUCCGAGACCCUCUGGGAGAUGCUGGCCUGCAUGGGGAGCUGGGGGGGCCUGGCCAGGAUCCCCUUGGAGCGAGGAGGCAGCCCUCAGCUGGCGGGAGCAAGCCCUGGUGGUGGUCCUACUUCACGUCGCUGAGCCACCACAAGCCACGCUGGCUGCUCAGGUACUAGGUGCCACUGUCCUGCCCGGACGUGGAGGCCCAGCCCACCUCUGCCCAGGGGCUCCUGGCUCUUGGUUGCAUCUUCCACAGACAUCCUAUAAAGCCGUGUCCGUGUUA